CAAUCCUUCGAAAAGCAGAACCCACGACAGAUCGCCCCCACGCACGCGCCGCGACAACUACAGACAAAGACCAGUCUCAUCCCCUCCUCCUUCCAUCCCCUUAUUCACAGCCAGUCUCGGCCACCUUCCCCUAUAUAUACAUGCCACGCUCCAUCACAACCCUCAUCCUCACUUCACAGUUCACAGUUCACACUCCACUUGACCAAAAGCUUCACUCGUUCGUGAUCCGACAGCUUCCUCUUCCUCUUCUGCUUCCUCUUCCUCUUCCUUUGAUCGAUCGGUUCCGACUCGAGUUCGAGCCCCAGUCGAGCCCGUUCGUCAGCACGAGAGAAAGGAUGCAAUACCAAGCCGAGUCGAGCUGGGAGUACUACAUGCCCGGAGCCAUGAUGGGGGGCGUGGCGGGGAUCGGGGGACCUUCGACGGACCCGCUGGAGCGGGUGGCGAGGCUGGCGUCGGAGAGCGCGGUGGUGAUAUUCAGCGUCAGCAGCUGCUGCAUGUGCCACGCCGUGAAGCGGCUCUUCUGCGGGAUGGGGGUGAGCCCGGUGGUGCACGAGCUCGACCAGGACCCGAGGGGGAAGGAGAUGGAGCAGGCGCUGGCCCUGCUGCUCGGGAACUACGGGGUCGCCCCGGCCGUGCCCGUCGUGUUCAUCGGCGGGAAGCUGAUCGGCGCCAUGGACCGGGUCAUGGCCUCCCACAUCAACGGGACUUUGGUGCCGCUUCUCAAGGAAGCCGGUGCACUUUGGCUUUAAAUUUAA